CCCGAACCCCGGCAACCCUGUAUAUAUGGUCACAAACAGAACUGCCCAGUAAACCGUAGGCAGAGAGAGAGAAGAGGACAACAAACGAGGGGUUGUGAUAUAUAUAUAUAUAUAUAUAUAUAUAUAUAUAUAUAUAUAUAUAUAUAUAUAUAGACGAUAUAUAUAUCUGUUUGUGAUGAUAUAUAUAUAUAUAUAUAGAGAGAGAGAGAGAGAGUCAUGAUGCACAAGCCUUCCUCCUACUAAAAGCUUCGGUUGACAUAUGCCAUAAUGCCAUUUCUCUCCUCUGUACCGGUGUUGUUCUUUCUUCUUCGUUCCUUGUCAGACAGAUGGUUCUGCGGCGUCAAUUGAAUCCUCAGUCCAUCUUUGAUGAGGAGGAGCUACGAGCAGCUUUCGAAAAGAAUGACAUCAAGCCAUUGCACAUCGCCACUGUGUGGAACUAUGUGCUCUCAGGCAUUGCCAAGAGGAGCUGCAAUGAUCAGAUGCCCACGCGGCCAAAUUUCGCAGAUAUCAAGGAUCUACCCGUCGUGGCGCACAAUGUGCUUCAAUUGGACUUCUCCGCUUUUACUUCUGAAGUUAUCAGGGAACAGAUGUCCGUUGACGGGAGCACCACAAAGCUGUUGAUUCAGCUACAGGAUGGCAAGCAGGUGGAGACUGUUAUCAUGCACCAUGAUGCAUCAGCAGGACGUUAUGCGGGACAACCUCGCGGCGGUGGCCCUCGGACGACACUUUGCGUAUCGUCCCAAGUGGGAUGCCAGAUGGCUUGCUCGUUCUGUGCCACAGGAACGAUGGGAUUGCAGGGUAAUUUAACAGCCGGGGAGAUCGUGGAGCAGCUGGUCCAUGCGCUACGAUUCACCCCUAAUAUUAGGAAUGUUGUAUUCAUGGGUAUGGGGGAACCAUUGAACAACUACGAUGCCGUUUUGCAGUCUGUUCGGUCUAUGUGCAGCGGCAAAUGCUUCCGACUUUCGCCCAACCAUAUUACCAUCUCGACGGUUGGCAUUAUUCCGAGAAUGAAAACGCUCGCUUCCGAUCUUCCGGGUGUGAACUUGGCUCUCUCCCUCCAUGCCCCUUCGCAGGAGUUACGAGCCGCCAUUGUGCCAGCGGCGCGAGCGUACCGUCUCGACAAACUUGUCGCUGCGCUCGACGCAUAUCAAGCCGCCAGUGGUCGAACUGUUUUCGUAGAAUACGUCAUGCUGGCGGGAGUGAACGAUUCCGAGCCGAUUGCGCACCAGCUCGGCUCUUUGCUAAAAGGACGACAAGUUUUUGUCAAUCUGAUCCCGCACAACUCAGUAUCUGCAGCUACUUCAGCUCAUUCUGCGAGCUCGCCUGCUGACGUCAGGCGAUUCCAAGAGGUACUACGUGAAUCGUAUGGCCUGCACGCAACCGUACGCCAGGAGAUGGGUGGCGACAUCGCAGGAGCCUGCGGGCAGCUUGUUGUCAGCAACUUUGUCACGGAUGAGGCAAACAGACCUACACCCACAGCCUCUAGCCGUGACCAGGGAAGCAGGUGCGACACUGCAGUCUCAGAUAUUGAAGACCUGCUAAUGGUUUCAGCUUUGAAAAUGUGAAGUGUAUGUAGUAUGUACAGCUCGUGCUGAAAGUCCCAGUGGCUGACGGACUGCUAGGUGGACCUUUCGCUGACGUCAGGAGAUACUACCUAAAUCGUAUGACCUGUACAGUAGUGUCAGGAGAUAUGGGUGGUGCGCGGCAACUCAGCAACCUGCGGCCAGCUUGUUGUCAGCAAUACCAGUACUUGCAAGGCAAAUGAUCCUACAACACCCACCACCUCUGAUUCAUCUAACAGUGUCAGAGGCAACAGCUGCGUGCCGCUGCAAAACCAGAUGGUUUCAACUCUGAGGACUUCGAGAAGGUUGCGUAUGCUCUCUGCUCCACAUCUGCGACAGACUGACCGGAAUCCUGAUCUCAUGCUGACAUCAGGAGAUAAAUAUACUAUGCAAAUUGCACUGCCUACAGGGAACUGUCAGGAAAAAAGUGGCCAGCAUUGCGGGAACAUGUGCCCAGCUUGUUGUCAGCAAUACCAUUGCCUGCAAGCCUAAUGAGCCGUCUACACCCGCAGCCUUGAGCAGUGUCUGACGGAGGCAACAGCUGCAGCACUGCAGCACCAGAUACUGAGAAAAGAAUGCGCCAAGGAUAUAAGCUUUGUAAAAAAAAAAAGAAAAAGAACUGCUGAUUCUGUGCCGAAGCUAUUCUACUAUUCUUGUUGAUUGGACAGAAACUGACCGACUUAUUGCCACUGAUGGGGAAAGAAAAGAGGUGGGUUCUCCUACUGAUGGCAGGUGAUUCAAAACUUUGAAAAUUAUGCACAUUGAUUGUAUGGCCUGCACAAAGCUGUACAUAAGGACAUGAUGGGCAAUCCAUUGCUGGAGCAUGUGGCCGACAUCGACAGCCUCAAGCAACGGCAGGAGCCUAUGGCCGACAUCGACAGCCUCACACCAUGGCAGAAGCUUGUGGUCAACAUCGACAGCCUCAAGCAAUAGCAUGAGCUUGUGGCCGACAGCGAUGGCCUCAAGCAAUGGCGUGGGAAUAGAUGCAGCACUGUAUUACCGAUUUACGACAUAUCAAACAUCUGCUAACUGUUAUUCUGCUAUGGAAAUGUUGAGAAGGUUAUGCCUACCUUCUUCCCCCGAAUACAACGUACACGGACAUUAUAACUGUAUGUAGACUGAAGUUCCCCAGAUACAGCUAUAAUGGCAGUAUGUUGUAUUUGGGUGAAGAUGGUGAUGCUUAACGUCCAGGGGCGGACCGACUGAUGGAUGACUCUUUCCAAACGCUAACCCCUCCCUACGCCUCGUGUAAAUUUGUACCCCAAAAAUGAAUUAACAAAUAUGAUGCGGCACCGACUGUCUCCCAUUCUCCUACCUUCUCUAUGCUGUCUCCUUAUACAUUGCACGACCAUCGCUGGUGAGUUGUGCUUGGAAGUGAGCGAGUUUGUAUGUCGACUGACUUAUCGCGACAUAGAUACAAAGGCAGCGGUGGGCAACGACAUCUGUUGCUCCUCGUGGAGUGAGGUAAUUUUUUUUUCCUUUUCUUUUUUGUCUUUUUGUAAAGUGGUAAGCAUGCAUGAUUUUAAUGAAAAUUGAGUGUGUGC